AUUCCUGCAGCCGUAACUCAUCUAAUCGUCUUCAGAUGCCACGCGACGGAUAACGGGGAUUUCGAUUACGAUUCGACACCCUCUCGUCCCUUUCCCCUCUCGUCGACAUAUUUAUUAAGAGACGGUUAUUGGCAGACCUGAUUCGAGGCAUCGUGCUCUGAAAGCGACAACCAUGAGUGCACCCGUCUUUUUGACUGCGUUGGCGGUUACCCUGGUCGGAUGUGUCAAGGCCGAGCUCAAGUGUUACGACGAGUUGGGAUGCCUGGAAACCGGAGGCGCCUUCUUCGACGAAAUCCGACGGCCGUUUAUCUUGACGCCCCACGACAGGGACAUGAUCAAAGUGCAGUACCUCUUGUACACGCGGGACAGGCCCGAGGCAACGAUGCUCUGCUGGAACUCCAGCUUGGAGACGGUCCGCGAUUCGCCCUUCAACGCCUCUCGGCCCACCAAGUUCAUCGUGCACGGCUACUUGGACACCGUCUACUUCGGAGAAUGGAUGACGGAAAUGAAGAAUGCAUACCUGAAAAACGCCGACAUGAACGUCUUCAUCGUUGACUGGAGCGGUGGCAACGGCCCGGGCUACGAGACCGCCGUGGUAAACGCCAGAAUUGCGGGUGCCGAGAUCGCGUUCUUGGUCCGCAAAUUGGAGGUAGCCUUUGGGGCGAACGCCUCGACCAUGCACAUAAUCGGACACAGCCUCGGAGCGCACGUUGCCGGUUAUGCUGGACUCAACAUCACCAGACUGGGAAGGAUCACUGCUCUUGACCCCGCCGAGCCGUUCUUCGAGGGAAUGCCUCCGGAGGUCAGGGUGGACCGUUCUGACGCCGACUUCGUGGACGUCAUUCACACCGACUCCCACCCGUACUUGUCCAAGCUCGGGGUCAGCGAGGGCAUGGGAAUGGAGGAAGCCGUCGGCCAUGUGGACUUUUACCCGAACGGAGGCCAGAUUAUGCCGGGUUGCGAUCUCCCCAACCGAUGGCUGAGCCUGAUCAAAGGGGGCUUUAUCAAGGGCCUCCGAGAAAUCUUGGGCUGCCACCACCAGAGGGCCGUCCAUUACAUGCUCGACUCCAUCGAGAACCAAAACUGCGUGCCGCUAUCCUUCGAGUGCCCCUCCUACGAAGCCUUCAAGAAGGGUCAGUGCAGGGACUGUGGCGAAGACGGCUCGGCUUGCGCACCCAUGGGCGAACAGGCCGACGUCUGGAGGCCGCACAAGCAGGACCGGGAACGGCGAAUGUAUGGCGUCACCAAUGCUCACAAGCCGUUCUGCGCUUAUCAAUACCUGGUGACCAUCCGUACUGGAGACCAGGUGAAGCGUGCGAACGCCGAGGGAAUCAUCUCUUUAACCACGAAGCAAGGCGGCAAGAGCGUCACCUUCAAAGUCAACAAAAGGCUCAUGGAAUUCCGGCCGAACAGCACCUACACUUUCCUGACGACGUCACCGGCGAUGAUCAGCGACUACACCAAGCUCACGUUGCGCUUCAAGAGCACCUUGAUCUUCACGACCGCCAACCUACCCCUUCUCGAUGUUCAGAUCCAACCCCUGACGGCAAAUGUACCGAAGAGCAUGGCCAAGGCGGUGACUCGCCGGUUCUGUCCGCCCUGGGAUCCCCAGGGAAUCAGUUCUUUCGCGACCGUGACUCUGAAGAAAUGCUGAAGCGGUCUGGAAGAAUUGAGAGGCACCGCAGCCGACAACACAAGGAACACGACGGACCCGGAGUAGGAGGGUCCAGGCACGGCUGGCAAGCUUUCACCUGAAGCUACGACGCUAAACAUCAAUUCACCUGUUUAAUAAACAUCGGUCAUCGCAUUGUCAAUAUUA